CUCGAUCUCUCUCUCUCACCAAACUAUCAAAAGACUGCCCUGUUUUCAUUUCACAGCAGCAGAAAUCUCUCUCUCUCUCUCUCUCUCUCUCUCUCCAAAAAGCUCUUACAAAAAAUCGAAAAAAAGAAAAAAGGAAAAAGGAAGAGAAAAGAAACCUUUCCGCUAUCGAUUUCUUCCAAUUUCUUCUUCUUCUCCGUCUUCCUGUAUUCGAUUUCUGUUUUUUUUCAUCUUGUGCGUUUUUUCUUUUGGAGUUUUGCUAUUGAUGGGUUGAAGGAAAAGCAAACAGAAAAAGAAAGAAAAGUCAUGGAGUGGGACAGCGAUUCAGAAGCAAGCGGCUCGGAAGAGGGCUUUCUCCUCAACGAUGGGGGCCCGCUCUCUUUCACCGUUGGGAGUCUGCUCCAUUCAGCGCCGUGCGGGUUCGUCGUCACCGAUGCGUUGGAGCCCGACCACCCGAUCAUAUACGUCAACACCAGCUUUGAGCUCGUCACGGGGUACCGCGCCGAGGAAGUUCUCGGUCGGAACUGCCGGUUCUUGCAAUGCAGAGGGCCGUUUGCUCAAAGAAGGCAUCCGUUGGUUGACUCUGCAGUAGUUUCUGAAAUACGGAGGUGUCUUGAGGAUGGCGUCGAGUUCCAAGGUGAUUUGUUGAAUUUUAGGAAAGAUGGGUCUCCAUUGAUGAACAGCUUGCGGCUAACCCCAAUAUAUGGGGAUGAUGAUAUAAUUACUCAUGUUAUUGGCAUCCAGUUCUUUAAGGAGGCAAAUGUCGAUUUGGGCCCACUGCCUGGUUCUGUGGUGAAGGAAUCUGCAAGGUCCUCCGAUCGCUUUCUUUCUGAUCUUACCUUCUACCGCCCAAUUUCAGCGAGCCAUGGAAAUAUUGGUCGUGAAUAUUGUGGUAUGAUGCAACUGAGCGACGAGGUGCUGUCUCAGAAGAUCUUUUCAAGGCUGACACCAAGAGAUAUCGCAUCCGUUGGAUCUGUGUGCAAGAGGCUAUAUCAAAUAACGAAGAACGAGGACCUCUGGCGAAUGGUUUGUCAAAAUGCAUGGGGCACUGAAACGACUCGCGUGUUGGAGACAGUGCCCGGGGCAAAAAGAUUGGGGUGGGGCCGGCUGGCUAGGGAACUAACAACUCUUGAAGCUGCAGCAUGGAGGAAGCUAACUGUUGGUGGUGCUGUGGAGCCAUCUCGUUGCAAUUUCAGCGCCUGUGCUGUUGGGAAUCGGGUUGUGCUUUUCGGCGGGGAAGGGGUCAAUAUGCAGCCGAUGAACGACACAUUUGUAUUAGAUCUGAGUGCCAGUAAUCCUGAGUGGCGGCAUGUCAAGGUCAGCUCUCCCCCUCCUGGUCGGUGGGGCCACACACUGUCCUGCUUGAAUGGGUCUUGGCUUGUCGUCUUUGGAGGUUGUGGAAGGCAGGGCUUACUAAAUGAUGUUUUCAUACUGGAUUUGGAUGCUCAGCAUCCUGCAUGGCGUGAAAUCUCUGGGUUGGCCCCGCCGCUCCCCAGAUCAUGGCACAGCUCUUGUACUCUUGAUGGCACAAAACUGGUUGUUUCUGGUGGCUGUGCGGAUUCCGGAGUACUUCUCAGUGACACCUUCCUGUUGGAUGUCACGAUGGAAAAGCCUGUUUGGAGGGAGAUACCGGUAACAUGGACCCCGCCUUCUAGGUUGGGGCACACUCUCUCUGUCUAUGGUGGCCGGAAGAUACUGAUGUUUGGUGGUCUUGCUAAGAGUGGGCCUCUUCGGCUGCGUUCGAGUGACGUGUUCACGAUGGAUCUAAGCGAAGAUGAGCCCUGUUGGAGGUGCAUCACUGGGAGUGGAAUGCCUGGUGCUGGAAAUCCCGCUGGAAUAGCUCCGCCUCCCCGGCUUGAUCACGUGGCUGUAAGUCUCCCAGGCGGCAGAAUUCUGAUAUUUGGCGGGUCUGUGGCGGGCCUUCACUCUGCAUCCCAGCUCUAUCUCUUGGACCCGACGGAGGAAAAGCCAACAUGGCGGAUAUUAAACGUACCUGGUCGGCCCCCAAGGUUCGCUUGGGGACACAGCACCUGUGUUGUGGGAGGAACAAGAGCCAUAGUUCUUGGGGGGCAGACUGGGGAGGAGUGGAUGCUGAGCGAACUGCAUGAGUUGUCACUUGCAAGCUCCGUCAUAUGAUACAGAACAGAAAGCAAGCUGGUGUCCGUCGACUGUCUCUUAUCUAGCGAUGAAACGAUGAAUGCUUGAUAAGCUUGAGUAGUCAUGAAGUGGUUGUCUGUUAGAUAAUCAGUGCUGCUCUGUGGUAUUGUUUGCUAGGUCUCCAUUAACAGAUUUCUGUAGAUGGGGUUGAUCUCUUUAUGGUGGUCGUGGGUUCCGUUUAUCUGACAACGGAUGGUCAUGACUGGGACCGAUCUGUUUGUGGGUAACAGAGACUGAUGGUCUGUAUUGGCCAGGCAUAGGUGAAUUCUCCCUCCCUACCUCCUGUCUCUGUCUGUCUGUCUGUCUUUAUAUAUAUAUAAUACACACAUACAUGGAGAUGCAUACAUAUAUAUUAGUAUGUGCUAUGCUGUGGAAUCAUUAUUAGGUCAGUAUUAUUUAGGGGUAAUGUUAUUUACAUGGCAGAGUUUUUUAACUGUUAAUUCGUUCUUAGCUUUAUUGCGUUCGUUCUUGUUUGUAUUUUCAAAGGAAUGAAGGGUGCCUGUAUAUAUUAGUGAGUAUUUUACAGUACACUGAGCUUUAUAUGGUUAGCUGACCUCUUCCUUUUUUUUCUUUUGUAUCUUUUGUUGGUUGUGGUCUGCAUCAAGUAGAACUGAACUGUGCGUUUGGUCUUCUUUGGUAGUUUCUUUUUUGGACAUGCUCAGGCACAGCCGAUUCAAAGAAAAUAUUACAUGGGUCAGAUUCUAA